GUUUUCAGGAUGCAGUCUGUUGUGAAUAACACCAGCCCUUAAUUAGUGGCUUACGAACAGAUCGGCUUGCGUACAAGUAUAACAAUGGUCCAGGAAUGAUCACCCAUCCACUCUGUAGGCUUAUCGGAUCAACUGGCUAGGUGGGCCCCAUUUGUGGAGCGCAAUACACGACGCAAUGAUGCAUCAGCACUCUCUCUCUCUCUCUCUCUCUCUCUCUCUCUCUCUCUCUUGAAAAAGCCACAUCCAUCUUCACUUUAGUUAACAGAGAGAAAAGAGAGAGACAAGUGAAGAAAGAGCUAAUGGCAAAGACAGAGCAACACCAAUCCCAAUCCGAUACGGACGGCUCCCUCCCACUCGAACUAUUAGCUGAUGACAAACGCGGUGGUUGGAUCACCUUCCCUUUCAUCACAGGGAAUAUGUUGUUUCUGGGGAUAGGCACGUUCGGGGCCUUCGGAAACCUGAUCGUGUAUCUGAUAGAGAAGUUCAACGUGAAAAGCAUAGAUGCAACGCAGAUCAACAACAUAAUCAACGGCUGCAGCAACCUCGCUCCUGUUGCUGGGGCCAUCAUCUCCGAUUCCUACUUCGGUUGUUUCUCCGUCAUCUCUUUCUCCUCCUUCGUCUCUUUACUGGGCAUGAUUCUAUUAACAUUGACGGCGACGAUCCAUUCCUUGAGACCUCCAUUGUGUACAAGCGGGUCCCAGACGUGUGAGCCACCAUCGAGAACCCAAGUCGCUAUCCUGUAUUCUGGCAUCACAUUGGUGUCGAUUGGAUUGGGUGGGACACGGUUCACCACAGCAACCAUGGGGGCUAACCAGUUCAAUAAGCCCAAAGAUCGGAAUAGUUUCUUCAAUUGGUUCUACUUCACCUUGUAUGUCUCUUUCAUUGCAGCCACGACUGGCAUUGUCUAUAUUCAGGACAAUGUAGGCUGGGGCUUGGGGUUUGGUCUGUGCGCGGCGUCUAAUGCCAUUGGGUUAGCCGUUUUCGUCGUGGGAAGGCGCUAUUACCACCUCAAUGUGCCUGAGGGAAGCCCAUUCAUGGGGUUGGCACGUGUGGCAAUUGCUGCUGUUAGGAAGAGAAUGGAAGCAACGUCAAUGGACGGCAAGGAUUAUUACCAUGGUCAUGAUGAGCUCACAAAGUGGCCACCUACGGCUCCAACUACAACCUUGAGUUUCUUCAACUGUGCAGCACUGAAGACAGAAGGAGAUACUCAUUUGGAUGGAACCAUAGCAAAGCCAUGGAGAUUAUGCACAGUGCAACAAGUAGAAGACAUGAAAACUCUAAUCAGGAUAUUCCCACUUUGGUCCACAGCCAUCUUCGUCAGCACUCCAAUAGGCAUUCUAAGUAGUCUCACCAUCCUCCAAGUCCUGUCCAUGGACCGUCACUUUGGUCCCCACUUCUCCAUCCCUGCCAGCUCCUUUCUUGUCUUCGUCCUAUUCGCUACUGCCAUCUCACUCUCUCUCAUCGACCGUUUCCUCUUUCCCAUGUGGCGUAAGCUAACAGGCCGAUAUCCAACCCCAUUACAACGGAUAGGGGUGGGUCACAUCUUCAACAUUACCAGCAUGGCGCUGGCAGCGCUACUAGAGUCCAGGCGCCUUCAUGUGGUUAAAUCACACAACUUGGUUCACCAACCAACUGCAAUGGUGCCAAUGUCAGCCAUGUGGCUCGUGCCUGCACUAGUCCUCAUGGGCAUCGGCGAGGCGUUCCAUUUUCCUGGAGGAGUGGCAUUAUAUUAUCAAGAAUUUCCUACCUCAUUGCGUAGCACUUCGACUGCAAUGAUGGCAGUUAUCAUAGGGAUUGGGUUUUAUCUGAGCACUGCGGUUGUCGACUUAGUUCGUAAGGUUACCAACUGGUUGCCGGACAACAUCAAUGAAGGGAGGAUAGACAAUGUGUAUUGGAUGUUGGCUGUGGUAGGAGUUGUCAACUAUGGGUACUAUCUAUUGUGCGCAUGGUUGUACAAGUAUCAAAAUGUUGACAAGGGGGGCACAGAUUCAAGCUCCAAUAGCUAAAAUUGGCAAUCCAUGGUAGUUGGAUUAUUCUAAUAAUUGUAUUUCCUUGCUUGCUUAGGCUUAUAAAACACAUUUACUUUGAAAUUUUAGUAUUUAAUCUAUUUUUGGUUAGUUUGAUUUA